GCUCGUUCCCCAGACAGAAUAUUCCACACCCUGUAAUACCACGCCCACGCAUACCCACCCAUAUAUCUCGGCAUCACAGCGAGUACAUACACCCUUGACGACUCAAUACCCAUACCACCCCGGUAUCAACAACAACCCCUUGCGAAACCACCCGCAUCCACAUUGCUCGAUACACUAUUCCUAUCGGCGACCGUCUCACAUUGUACCGCUCCAUCGCAUCCCAUCCACAUUCUCAAGGUCCUGUAGACGGAGCAAGAGUGCGUCAGAAUGGGUGCCGCAUGUUGCAAACCAGAGGCUAUCGACUUUGAAGGAGAAGUCAACCUCUUUCAUUUCUAUCUGUUGAGAAGUGUGGGCAAGGGCGCUUUCGGUAAAGUGCGAGUCGUGCAGCACAAGCACACGAAAACACUUUUUGCUUUAAAGUAUAUCAACAAGCAGAAAUGUGUCAAGAUGAAGGCUGUGGCGAAUAUCGUCCAGGAAAGGCGUCUACUGGAAGAGAUCGACCAUCCUUUUGUGGUCAAUCUACGGUAUGCCUUCCAAGAUGACGAGAAUUGCUUCUUUGUGUUGGAUUUGAUGCUGGGAGGAGAUCUCCGUUUCCAUCUGGAUCGAGCAGGCGCGAUGAGCGAGGAAGUUGUCAGGUUCUAUGUGGCGGAGGUAGCAAUGGCUAUCGACUAUUUGCAUUCCAAACGGAUCGUUCACAGGGAUCUGAAACCAGACAACAUCUUGCUAGAUGAGAGAGGACACGCCCAUAUCACCGACUUUAACAUUGCCGUCCACUUUUCCGAACGGAGACUACUGACUGGUGUCGCCGGAAGUAUGGCUUACAUGGCGCCAGAAGUGUUGACAAAGAGAGGAUACUCGGCUCCUGUUGAUUUCUGGUCCCUCGGUAUCCUUGCAUACGAACUAUUGUUUGGCAAACGACCCUUCCGGGGUCGCACCAACAGUGCUUUGACCAACUCUAUCCUCAACGAGACGCUGACUUGGCCCGAUGAUGCGCCUGGCAAGUGUUCUCAUGACGGCAUGCAGGCUUUGCGAGGUUUUAUGGAAAGAGAUCCAAACAAGCGUCUUGGCUACAGGCCUGGUGGUGGCGGUUUGAACGACGUCAAGGCGCACCCUUGGUUCCGAAAUAUUGAUUGGCAACAACUACAUGACAAGCAGGUCGUGCCGCCUUUCGAGCCUGAUUCGAAACGAGCUAAUUUCGAUGCCACCCACGAACUAGAGGAGCUGCUGCUAGAAGACAAUCCCUUGAAGGCGAGAAAGAGGAAGGAGGGCCAAGAUAUCGAGCUCAUGUCGCCAGAGAUGCGCAUGAUGGAGCAACAUUUCAAAGUCUUCGACUAUACCAAAGCCCAGCGUCGAUCAUACUACACACCCGCGCCUCAAACGACCUCUGCUCAGGGUGUGACGAAUGUCCCUGCCGAUGCCAAUGGCGAUCUGAAGAUCCCCCCCGCUCGCCCGCAUACGCCAAGUGACCACACGGGACUGGUCAGCAAGACGGGACUGGACGUAGAGGCGCAGAUUCUGGACGGCGGUGGGAUGGCAAACAUGGGUGGAAGGGGUGGUUGGCGCUCAUCCGAGCUUCCGGAUAGGGGCGGCCAAAGCAUAGAUGCCAAUACGGCAAGGAUCCAUACGCCCUUGAGGCAGUCUUCGACGUGACUAUAUUCUGGAAAUCGAUUUAGAGCGUUGCUGAUAAUCUUGUAGAGAACCAUAUCCGGAAUCAGAGG